UCUAUCUCCAAUUUUUUCAAAAUCUAAAAUUAAAUCCAUAGGCUAUCCCUUAUCUCCGUCGUAUUCUAACACACGAUUUUAUCAUAAAGAGUUUGGUCAUCUUUCUAAUUCUUUUCCACGAGAUUUGAGAAUUACUAUCAUUGUGUUAAGAAUUCUGAGUUAUUAUGUGGAUUAAAAUGAACUAAUGAAUUAGCUCAGUUGAUGUUGAAGACAACAUUAAUGAAUCUAUCGUAUCUAUUUGCUCCUCAAAGUUGUAUUGAUUUUAACAGUUGCAACUCCAAGUGUUGAGAGUGUUUUUAAGCUCUGGGUUAAAAAAGUAAGUUUCAGAAUCGAAUAGGCGAUCCGUUUGUGAAUGAUUGUCUAGUACAUAUAUUGAAAGAGAUUUGUUGAACAGUGUAGACCGUGAGUAUAUUUUACAAUUUUCUCCAGAACAUAAAACCACGUCGUGCAUUUAUCAUAACUUGUAAUAGUAGAAUAUUUUUUAAUUUAAUUUUUAAAAUAUUUAAUUUUUUAAAAUGGACACCCCUGGCCCCUCUAUAAAAUUUUUGGGUCCAUCACAUGGACUGAACAGGUUUUAACGGUUUGACAUGAAAUCAGGUAAACCACCCUUGUUAAAUGGUCCACCGAUUCACUAUUUUAAUAACAUAAAAAAUGAAUAAGAAAAAAAUUUAACGUAAACUAAGACCAUUCAACCUGGAUUACUUUUUUUUUGUUUUCCACCCGAUUUACUAACUUGAAUUUAAUAAAAUAAUUUAAGAUUUCUUUUAUGAUAUAAUUUAAACGAUUAGACAGAACUUUUGGUGAUGAAUUAUGUGGUUUCAGGGGCGAAACCAGGAAUUGGACUUCCGGGGGCCAAAAUCAGAAAAGAAAAUAUGUUUUUCACUUCAGUAAAAUUGCAUAGGCAAAUUGUUAAGUAAUAUAUACCAUUGUUUUAAAUAUUUUAAUUGGAUGGAGAUGAAAAAUUAUUAUGCGUUUUGUAGCUAAUUUUCAUUUAUUUCAAGGUUUAAAAUGAAUGAUUACGAAUAAUUUAGAUAUUAAACAAACUGAAAGAACAAAAAUAUCAACUGAAACAGUUAUUAAAAUCUAAAGAGUGAGAUUUAAUUGAUAAAAAUUGAAAAUGGGUAAAGAUUUUUUUAAGCAUAAAAUAGGAAGGUACUGUUGGGGGACAUAUAGUGAGUGGCCCAAGCAAGAAACCAGGAAGCAGGCUUGGGCCCAGAGUGUGGGCCUGGGCCGAGAAAAGGGCUAAAGGCCAUGGCCCAAGUGGCGGAACCGGGCCCGAAACAGGGCGCUGGACGACAAAAGGGAAGUAACGGCCAGUGACGUACGGAGGGGACAGGAGGUGGGACCAUGCGCCUUCGGGGCCAAGAUGGGUGUCAGAAUGGCAGGGCGCCUGAGGAAAGGAUGGUACAGUGCAUUUAAUGAGGUGAUGACGUGGGGCGGAUUUGGGGAGCACUGGUCGGCCCUACCCCGAGUAUAAAUAGUGAAGUGGGUGGAGCUCAUUUACUCAGGUUCCAACUUCUCUCUAAACUUACAUCUCACUUCUCUCACUAGAAGGUUCGUUCUGACUUGGGCGUCGGAGUGCUAACGAACCCCAGCCAAGGGGUUCGCUGGGCGCCGUAGUGUGCAGGUUGCGAACGCGCAGGGAAGACGCAGAGGGGUCUAAGGAGGUGCGGGAACCGUCUGAGGCGUGGAGGGUACAUGGCACAAACAGGUACAUAAAAAAUACUGAAAACAAAUGCUGAAAAGAAUAAGAAAUGGAAAGUAGUGAAAAUAAAGUUUAAAAUGAAUAAAUGAUAUCAAAAUAAUUACCAAUGCUUGAGCUGUUCAGGGACAGUGUGCUAACCAUUCGACUACAAUAUAUCUCUGUAUUGUUGAUGUCUACUUCGUGGUGUUUAUGGUUAAUGUUAAAUUAUAUCUUAAAUAAGUGUAUAUAUAUUUUUAUUUCAGCGCAUGAAUGAUUCAAUCAACGGUUAAUCAAUAAUUUUAUACAGAUUAAUCUCUGAAUCAUAAACUACUAAUUUUCCUCCAAUUCAACAUUCAAUUUGGUACUGAAAAUAUUAAACUCGACAUAAAAAACUCGUUAAUGUUAUGUUAUCAACUCUAAUUAAAAUUACUCAUAAAUUAGGAAUAGUCAAGUAAAUAUAUUGAGAUGACUAAAAACACCAAAGUUCGUGUACUUGUAUAACCAAAUUAAAAAGAACAUUCAUGUGCCAAGAUGGCCGAAUUACAAAAGUUCAUAUGGAUCGAAUUGAACUUGUUUCCAUCUAAAACAAGAGUAGAAACGUACGUACGUUUUCCAACUAACAUUUAUGCGUGGAGAAUCCGAUGCGUCUGUUUGCGAGGUCGAAGGUCAACCGCGUCCCUUGCUGCUUCACAUUCCUAAUGAUCGACGUCGGAAAUGAACUCGUCGGGGCAAAAGCGAAGGAACUUUUCCGAUGCGCUCGGCACGGGCCGCAGAUGCUUGGAUUUGUAUUGGGACUGAGCGAGAGAAAGCUUGGCGGCGAUGUAUUUGACACGUGCGGAGUCGCGGCGGAGCCUGGCGGAGACGAGUGAUUUGUAGUCGGCGGCAGAGGUGGGUCCGGUGGUGGUGAUUUAUUGGCGGGAGAAGAGGUCUACGGAGAAUGAGAGAGAGAGGUAUUGUAGUUGUAGGAGGCGGCUUGGCUUUGGGGAAUGGUAGAAGUGGCGGCGGCGGAGGAGAAUAAUAUGUUGAGGAGAAUGGCCAAGCUGAGGAAAGGGGUGGGGGCUGCCAUUAUUGUGCUCACUCUCUGUAUGGUGGAUCUUUUGGUCUCUGAGAACAUAUCAAGUCAGUAAUCAUCAGUAACCUGUCUACAUAAAUAUGAAAUCGGUAUUCUCUAUUUCUUGUAAAGUCUCUUAUUUUUUCCUGUAAUAUGAUAUCCACUUUGAUAUAUUUUUAGUACAAAAAAAAAUUGAAUAAUUUUUUACCAGUCGUUACCAUAUUGUAUGCUCCUAUUUAAUACCAUAUGGUAAGAAAACAUACCAUGAUGGUACGAACAUACCAAUAUAAGAAUGUUGAAUACAUGAUAGUAGGAGUAUACUAACUGUCAUUUACGACUUUCAUCAUUGUUUAACUACAAGUUACCACCCACGUACCAUAGUGGUAAAGUAUGAUAAUUUUUUAUCCAGUAUUUUUUUCACCCAGAAAUUUAUAGAUCCAAUAGAUCAUGAUGAACUCGUUCCUUCUAAGCAAACGUUUUCAAAAAAGACUUAAAAACGAAGAAGUUAUCAUAUGGUAUGUAGUUGGUAAAAAAAAGUUUCUCGAAAUAUAUUGAGAAUUGAUCUCAUUUUGUAGAGCACAACGAACUCGUUCCAUCUGUGCAAAAAAAAAAAUUGAAUUCCGAGUUAAAACGAAAAAGAUAAGAGCCGAUUAAAAAAGCAGAGAAAUAAAAUGUCUUUAAUUGACAACCUUUAGAUCUGAAUUUUCUGGACCCACUUAGAUCUAAAGGUCCAGAUUUAGUUACUUAUAGGUCAGUAACCAAGGAGCGGAUCGUGUCAGUAACUGAUGGGUCAGUAACCCAUCAGUAACACAUUCUCUGAUCUCCACGUGUCAGUCCACUUUUUUAUUUAAAUUAAAUGCGGAAGGGCAGUAAGGUAAAAUGCACGUAUCCCCUAUUUAUUGCUGACGCGCUGACUUUUGACCGACCACAUCAGGACCUCCUUCUCUCUCAUCGAAAAAACUUUAAUUUUCCUUCUCUUAAUCUUUAACGGACGAUUUCUCACUCGUUUUAAGUCGAAAUUUAAUUUUUUUUGCACAGUUAGAUCAUAUUAAUUAUGCUCUUCAAAAUGAUAUCCACUUUGAUAUUUUUUUGACACAAAAUUUUUUUCCAGUUAUUACCAGUCUAUACCAUAUGGUAUAGUGUGGUAAUAUCAAUAUAUAUUUCGUUACCACCCAAUACCAUAUGGUAUAGUGUGGUAAUAUCAAUAUAUAUUUCGUUAUCACCCAAUACCAUAUGGUAUAGUGUGGUAAUAUCACACAAUACCAUAUGGUAUAGAGUGGCAAUAUCAAUAUAUAUUUCGUAACCACGCAAUACCAUACAUUACCAUAGGGUAUAGUCUGGUAAUAUCAAUGAAUAUUUCGUUACCACCCAAUACCAUAUGGUAUAGUGUGGUAAUAUCAAUAUAUAUUUCGUUACCACCCAAUACCAUAUGGUAUAGUGUGGUAAUAUCAAUAUAUAUUUCGUUACCACACAAUACCAUAUGGUAUAGAGUGGUAAUAUCAAUAUAUAUUUCGUUACCACGCAAUACCAUACAUUACCAUAGGAUAUAGUGUGGUAAUAUCAAUAUAUAUUUCGUUACCACCCAAUACCAUAUGGUAUAGAGUCAUAAUAUCAAUAUAUAUUAUCUAAAAGGGAAAAAAACAGAAGGAGGGAGAGAAAAAAUCGUCUUCUGAUGCCUCUCAUUUCCUCUUCCUCAGUCAAGAACACCAAAAUGCCAAAAAAAUGAGAAAGAUCGGA